AUGGCCCACCAGAAUAAGUCAAAUCCGUCAGGGUUCCAAACUGACGAGGCUUCGGCAAUCGAUUCAUCCGACCCUCUACCCCCAAUAAACCGCUACAUCACCACACACGACAAAAGCGGAGCAGCCGUAUUUGACACUACACUGCCAGAAGAAGCCUCGCGUCAUCCUGUUCCUGGAGCCCUCUUCACUCUUGCCUACUGUACCGAUCAGUUCCCUGCUGUCCUUCGCAAUGACCAGGAUGUUGCAGUCUACCAGCGAUUUUUACAGGAUCCUCCCGGACUGGUAGUCUCCUCUGGAUCUGUUUGCCGCAUUGUGGACAUUGGACCCAAUGUCGCUUGUCCAAUGCAUCGAACUAUAUCCCUCGACUACGGCGUUGUGCUGGAGGGCGAGAUUGAGUUGAUUUUGGACAGUGGGGAGACUCGACUGAUGAAAAGAGGGGACGUGUCUAUUCAACGAGGAACGAGCCAUGCAUGGAAAAAUGUCACCACAGCAGUGGACGAACAAGGGAUUAAAAAGGCAUGCUGGGCACGUAUGCUGUACGUGUUGUUGCCGGUGGAACGACUUGAGGUUGAGGGGAUGGGCGAGUUGGGAGAAGUUGUUUCAGGAAUGGGCGUCCGAGCGAGCCAGUGA